GGCACUCACGCACAUACACAGACACACACACAGGCAUGCACAUAUGCACACACACACACACCCACACAUGCAGUCUCGCCAACCCAUGGGCUGAAUCUGCUGUUUACCCCUCUGGACCCCUGCUGCUCCACUUGGCUCUGAAAAGGGGAGCAGCUUCAUAAGCUUCAGGUUCGUUUCUCUCACUGUCACUGUCAUCCAUCAAAUGGAACACAGCAAAUUCCAGCCUUUCGGGACCCCAGGGGUUCCUGGUUAUUUUUUAUUUUAUCUCAGGUCUUAACACACGGUCACCGUUUAAAGAGGUCAUCCCAGAUCUUCAAUUAAUUUUCAGGUAAUCAGUCGCUUCACAGAGAAGUACUUUUCAGACCUUACAUGACUUUAUAGCUGUCAAGAGAAAAAAAAAGUUUUUUCUAGCUGGAUUUUUUUAAAGCACAGAUUAUUAAGACCUGUGAAUGAUUUGGACCUCUGAGAGAGGUAACAGAGAGACAUACUGAUUAUUUUUGAAGGCCAACCAGCGUGGACAAUGAGUGGGGGAAUAAAGGGGAUGCGGGUAUAAAAAUGGGGAAGUUUGGUAUCCUUUGGGCCACAUGAAGAGCUGGAAGAGACUGGAGACUUCCGCGACCGCCAAGCGACGUUGUCUUACCUGACCGCUCGAUCAGUAUAUUUGCGCACACUCUGUGGUUUUGGAGAUGGGAGGGUGGUGCUACUGGUGCUCUACGCAAGCCAGAAACGAAGCUUGUCAACUGUGGUUUUGUGCAAGACAUCGCGUGUAUUACAUGCCCGCUAUAUCGGCUUUGUAUCUGAGAGCUCUUGCGAAGGGGAACUGUGGCGACGAGCUUCAGAGCUGCAGGACUUUUGUUCAGCGGAGUGGUGAUGAAUGUAAGAACGCUACAAAAAUAUCCCUGCGAUUGUGUUUUUUAAUAUAUGCAUUCACACCACUUCUACUCAGCACCUUGCGUUUUUCCCCAAACAAAAAUGAACGUAAAUUUUACUUCAAGUGGGGGGCCUGGUCUCUCAAACAGAAAUUUCAUUGGUUGUAGGAAAUGUAUUUGUAACAGCAGUUAAAGCUACAAGUUCAUUUUUUCCUUUUUUUUUUAUUAAACGAGUAGCAUUUUGUAUGUUGAUAUUCCAUACAGUCUUGUACAGAAUUCUAAAGCUUUUUUUUUUAGAUUUUUUUUUCUCUUACGGACUUACACUUUGUAAAGAAUUGGAUUCUUAUAUCGUUUCUUGCUGACGGAGCAUGUGUUGUAUUUAGGAUAAAUGCCUGUGAGUGCUGAAUUUUAUUUUGCUUCUCCAAAUGAAAGGGACGAGUUUUUCUUAGUUCAGACUUAACAUCACCUGAUUAUUUAAAACAAACGCUUUGUAAAUUUUGAAGCAAAAACGGAGUGUAUAACAAACGCAUUGUAUAUUAAAGUAUUUGUUUAUUGUAAAACAUACUCAGUCUUUCUCAAUUGUCUACUGCCAGUUCCAGUUACUCAGUGUAAUAAUCCAGCUCAUGUCAGCUGAAUACUGAUGAACGCUCAUAAUCGAUGUGCCCGAGGAAACUUCGGGUGGUCUUAUAAUUGCUUAAGGCAAACAGUUCUUAUGAUGAUGGGACAUUCUUUAUUAUUUAUAUCUACUUUGAAUCAGGAUUCAUUACAUUACAGGCAUUUAGCAGACGCUCUUAUCCAGAGCAAUUCGCACAACUUUUACAUAGCAUUAAAUAAUCCAUUCUUUAGCAUAAGAAACUAUAAUGUACAAAUAUUUUUCUAAACAUUUGCAUUUUACUCGUAUGAUCAAAGCUGAAGAAACGAGCGACACUGCGGGAAGAAAUGCAUCCACACAACAAGAAUAAAACUUCAACAGCACAGUGCUGACCUGGUGGAGCUUACCGGCUGUGGAGUGUGCACGAGCGCAGGUUCAGGAUGAUCCCAGUGAAUGAGUUCCGGCAGUUUGCCUCGGACCGGAACCCCCAGUUCAGGGUUCUGAAGCCAUGGUGGGAUGUGUUCACAGAGUACCUAUGCAUUGUCAUGCUCAUGAUUGGUGUAUUUGGCUGCACCUUACAGCUGACGCAGGAUAAAAUUUCCUGUCUCCCGAGCCACCUUGCGGUCUCCUCCCCGGAUAAAAUCGACUGCAGCCACAUAUCAGAACACCACGACAACGAGAAGAACACGCCCAUUUUUAAAAAUGCAUCACGUGAGCUCUUUGGAAAGAAGAACGACCUGGACAUACACCAGUAUGUCUUCAUCAACCACUACUGCUACGAGAGAGCUGUGCACUGGUACGGUAAAUACUUCCCGUACCUGGUGGUUAUCCACACAAUGAUCUUCAUGGUGGCCAGUAGCUUUUGGUUCAAGUUCCCCGGCACCUCUUCCAAGAUUGAACUCUUCGUCACCAUCCUGGGCAAGUGCUUUGACUCCCCCUGGACCACACGGGCCCUCAGCGAGGUGUCUGAGGAGCGUGGGGAGGAGAAGAUGGACAUCUGGAGGAGGAACACCAUGUCAAAAUCAGCUGCAGAUGCUUCAUCUCUUGAUGAGGAGACCGCAGGCUUGGUGCGCUCUUCCUCGGUCAAGUCCAAUCAAGAGAAGAAGGCUUUGGAGGCCCCGCAGACGAUCUCUGUUCUGGACAAGAAGGAAGGGGAACAGGCCAAAGCUCUGUUUGAAAAGGUGAAAAAGUUUCGUACUCAUGUGGAGGAGGCUGAUCUGCUCUACCUCAUGUAUGUGCUGCAGACGUCCCUCAAGGUCUUCAAAUUUCUCCUCAUUACCAUCUACAAUGCUGCCCUAGUGUCCAAUAUUGAGAUCGUAGUUCGGUGUUCUGUGCCAGAGGAGCUGACGGGGUAUGAUGUUUAUUGCUGCAACCACGUCAAAGCCCACCUUUUCUCCAAAUUGGCCUACUGCUACAUCUGCUUUGUUGGGGUAUAUGGUGUUUUGUGCAUCUAUACCCUGUACUGGCUCUUCCAUAGGCCACUGAAGGAGUAUUCCUUUGAGAGUGUGCGCCUGGAGACGGGCAUCAAUGACAUUCCAGAUGUCAAGAAUGACUUUGCCUUCCUCCUGCACCUCAGCGACCAGUACGACGCCCUGUACUCCAAGCGCUUUGCCGUUUUCCUGUCAGAGGUCAGCGAGAGCCGGCUGGGGCAGGUCAACCUCAACCACGAGUGGACGGCUAAGAAGCUGCGGCAGAAGCUGUCCCAGAAUGCCAGCAACAGGCUGGAAAUUCACCUGUUCAUGCUCCCGGGGCUGCCGGACACCCUCUUCGAGAUAACCGAGGUGGAGUCCCUCAAACUGGAGCACCUCAAGGACGUCACCAUCCCGGCCAGCAUCUCCCAGCUCACCUCCCUGCAGGAGCUCUGCCUGAUCCACUGCCCCAUCAAACUGCAGCUGGCUGCUCUGAACAACCUGCGCGACCGCCUGAAGGUCCUGCGGCUCUCCUUCGAGGGGCUGGAGCAGAUCCCCAUGUGGACGUACACCUUGAAUGGGCUGGAGGAGCUGCACCUGACGGGCUCCCUAACUCACGAGGUCUCCCGGAACGCCUCCCUCGACACCCUGCGGGGGCUCAAGAACCUGCGGGUGCUGACCCUGCGUUGCCGGCUGGCCAAGAUCCCGGCCAGCGUGUCGGACACCGGCGAGCAGCUGCAGCGGCUGUGCAUCUACAACGAGGGCGUGAAGCUGCAGGCCUUCAGCAGCCUGAAGAAGCUGGGAAACCUCACCUCCCUGGAGCUGGUGGGCUGCGAGCUGGAGCGCAUACCCAGCGCCGUCUUCAGCCUGGCCAACCUGCAGGAGCUGGACAUGAAGGAGAACAAGCUAUCGUCGGUGGAGGAGAUCAUGAGCCUGCAGCACUGCCGCCGCCUGGUCACUCUCAGGCUCUGGCACAACGCCCUCCUGUACGUCCCCGAGCACAUCAGCAAGCUGCGCGCCCUGGAGACCCUGGACCUGAGCUGGAACAAGAUCCGCAAACUCCCCGGCAGGCUCUUCUACUGCACCAAGCUACGGCACCUCGACGUCUCCCACAACGGGCUCAGCUCCCUGCCCCCCGAGGUGGGCAUCCUGCAGAGCCUCCAGUACUUUGCAGCGGCGUCCAACUCCCUGGACUCGCUGCCCGACGAGCUCUUCUCCUGCAAGCGCCUCAAGUCCCUGCUGCUGGGGAACAACAACCUGGCCUCCCUGUCCCCCCGCGUCUCCAGCCUGGCCCAGCUGGUGAGGCUGGAGCUCAAGGGGAACCGCCUGGAGUCCUUGCCCUUGGAAAUCGGGGACUGCCCCAUGCUGAAACUCAGCGGGAUAGUUGUAGAGCAGCACAUCCUGGAAGUCCUGCCCUCGGACAUCAGAGAGCGAAUGAGUGACACCGGAGGGGCAGCAAAGAGGGCUCAAAAUGAGAGACACGAGACAGAGAGGUCACUGAUAUGAGAGGUCAGCCUGCCAACCAAUUUAGGUAGACACAGGACUGAAUGCCCCAUACAACUCAGCUGUACGAUAGAUGAAGGUGGUGGAAAAAAAUAGGUAGGUAGCUGAAGUUGGUGGAAAAACAGGUACAAGUCAGAAAAAUGAGUGUAGUUGAUUAAGCAAUUACAAAAGAUACUCCGACGUACCUCUAGGCUGUAAACAUAAGCAAGUUUGUUAUUUUUUAUUUUAUUUUAUUUUAUUUUUUACAAAAUUAGGAAGUACCUUUAUAGCCACCUUCUACUUCCUGUGUAUGCCUACAUGUGAAUAAUGCAUGUAUCAACAUGACCAUCUAUGUAUUGAAUUUCCUGCCAUCUACACAGACAGAAUCACCUUUCUCUGGCUUCUGUUAUCGACACAUGGACACAAGCCACUCCAUCACGGUUGUAUUUAAAAGCUGAGAAGCAAGGGAACCGUACCAUACGGGCCCAUCAGUCAUGGCAGUUGCUGA